CUAGGUACCCAUGUCAUAAGUAUUCUGACGAAUUUUCAAGUAAAACCUGUUUUGUCAUUUCCUCAACUGUGGUUUUAUAAAUAAUCAAUCGCAUUAUAGCAUAAUAUCAAACUAAUUUUGCAAAUAUUAUUGUAGAGCAGCAAAUUAGUACGUUCACUUAAUGUGAUUUACUGGAGAAAAAAAUGAUGUGUAGCAUCUGCUGUCACAUGUUAACAUUUUUUUUAUUAAUCAAUUGAAAAAUACAAAAUGCCUGCAAAUAGUAUUGAUCAUGAAGAACUGGUGGUUUUGCCUCCAAUGCCUGCAGAUAUUAUUCGAACAACAAAUAAUAAUAACAAUAACAAUAAUAACAACCAAGCUUUCAAUGUAAGAGAUAGACUAUUUUAUGCUUUAUUCUACAAAGCUACUUUGGGCUAUGCAAGAAUAUUUCCGAGAUCAUUCAGAAGACUUAUAGAAUUUGUAUUUUUAUUAAAGGCGGUUGUUUCUUUUUUUAUACUUGUAUAUGUUCAUAUGAAUUUUUCUCGGAUGCCAUCAAAUUGUUUAGAUCAUGUUAAAGACAUUUGGCCUAGAGAUGGUAUAUUACGAGUUGAGAUUAUAAGGCCAUACCAACAUUCUUUAGCAGAAAAGAGUGGAACUUUAAAUGACUUAUAUUCAGUUGAAAAAUCUUAUGAAAGAGAAUAUUUAUUGAAACAAGUUGAAACAAAUGAAGAAAAUGCAUCAAUGUUUUCAAGUUCAUUUAGUAAAAUUGAUAAUCAAGAUAACAAAGAACAAGUUGGUAUUGAACCUUCAACAGUAGCAGAUGACUUUAGUGGGAAUAAGUUCCGUGACACUGCUACUCCAAAAACAAAUUUUUUUUUAAAUUACAUUUCAUUUACUGAAACUAUAAAAAAUAAAGAUUCCAAAAGUGAGAUUUCAAGUAGUCGAUUAAGCGAGCUUAAUGAGGAUAUAAUUGAGUCAAACGUUUCGAAUACAGAUGAAUAUACUCAGUUUCGCUCUACUAAAUACACAAACUCUACUCUUGAAGGAACGACUGAUUUUAAAAGUAGUCCAUCAUUACAAUCAACUAUUAAUUCAGAGAAUAAUGGCGAAGGCUCGUUGUAUGAUAAUUACAUAGUAGAGUAUUCAUUAGAAUAUGGGUUUCUACGUUUAUCUCCCAACGCUAGAAGUAGAUUAGGCAUCCCUGUGAUGUUAGUCGCACUGGAACCUCAUCGACACAAGUGUUUCGGCGAUUCAUUGGGUCAAUUUUUUUUAGAAUAUCUUCUCGGUUAUGACGAUCUUCUUAUGUCAUCUGUGAAAUCUCUAGCUGAAAACGAACAAAACAAAGGUUAUCUUAGAAAUGUCAUUACCGGCGAACACUACAGAUUCGUUAGCAUUUGGAUGGCUCGAACAUCUUAUAUUGCUUCGUUCUUUAUAAUGGUUGUAUUUACCGUCUCAAUUUCAAUGCUGUUAAGAUAUUCGCAUCAUCAAAUUUUUAUCUUUAUCGUGGAUUUAUUGCAACUUUUGGACUUUCACGGGUCACUAUCAUUUCCCGCGGCCCCUCUUUUGACAGUCAUCUUGGCUCUAGUCGGGAUGGAAGCGAUAAUGUCGGAGUUUUUUAACGACACCACCACAGCUUUUUACAUAAUUCUAAUCGUGUGGGUGGCUGACCAAUACGACACUAUAUGCAGCCACUGCCCGAUCACCAAAAGACAUUGGCUUAAGUUCUUCUAUUUGUACCACUUCUCGUUCUACGCCUAUCACUAUCGGUUCAACGGCCAGUACAGCAAUCUGGCGCUCAUCUGUUCGUGGUUCUUCAUUCAGCACUCGAUGAUUUAUUUUUAUCAUCAUUAUGAACUGCCGUACGUCUUGCAGCAGGCUCAACUGCAGCAAGUGAUCAUCCAGCGGCAACAGCAACAGGCUGCUGCGCAGACAGACGCCCGACGACCUGAAACUGUUGGAAACCCGGUACAGGUGACCAUCAGGCCCAUCCAAAAUUUCAGCAUCAUGAACGGUCUGAACAAUCUUGGCCGUUUACGUACCGUACUGUUGAGGAGGCGGAUAAUGGCGCGCACUUCAGACACGCAGCCAUCAAGUCAAAAUGUUAGCAGCACUUCGUCUACGGAAGCAACGACAGAAGUUACGCCCGUACAGACGGUGGAAGAAACCGCUAACGGCGUAGGUGGAGGAGGUGGUGGUGUUGUUGAUGCGGCCGGGGGGGCGGCGGUGACGGAAACUCAGUAACUUAUUUUAUAGUGACGCCUACAAGUGAUCCCCGUCGAUUUUAACGGGUUUUUAAUUUUUAAGCAACAUAUUUUAUUGUCCCUUUCCCUUUCUUUUAACUUUAAUUUUUUUUUCUGUUGGAAUGUUAUGAUCAUUCAUUGAUAUACAAUAAUAUAUUGCGCUAUUUCGGCUGAAGUAAAUACUUUUAUAGGGCUGUUUGUUUUAUUUUAAUUUUAGGUUGUAAAUUACACUUGUAUAUUUUUAAUAGAGCGUUUAUCAAUUAAUUAUGUGAUUAUUGUUACUCUAAAAAUUAAUUAUUAUCGCUCUAUGCUGUUACUCCGAUUUAAUGUAUUGGAAGUAUAUACCAACAAAAGUGAUCAA